AUGUACAAGCGCCUUCAGUCAUUCACCACAUUCUUCCUCCUUAACCUGUGCGUGUGGGACCUGGUGUCCUCGUUCCUGCUGCUGCUGUGGGUGUCUAUAGAGCACUGGAGCUUGGUCCUGUGCAAGGCAGUCAGAAUGACCUUCUCUGUCGGACUCUACAGCAGCAUCUUCGUCCUCACCAUCGUGAAGGGGCACCAGUACCUGUCAGUGGUGAGACCCCAGUGUAUGCCACAUGUCUGCACCCUGAGUUGCCGUGUGCUGGUGGUUGCAGCCAUGUGGGUGGCCAGUGUCCUAUCUUCCAUCCCCGAUGCCAUCUUCUCUGAGGUGAUUGAUGAUCAGUGUACAUACUCAGGAACACUUGGCCUGCACGUCUCUGUCUAUGUGCUCAACUUCGUGUUCCUGCUGUCCAUGGUGACCAUCUUUUUCUGCUACAAGCAGACUCUUAGGACCCUGUUCCACUCCAGGUCCAGGUGGCAGCACAGGCUCUUCCUCACCAUCAUGGCCCAUGUCCUCAGCUGGGCCCUCUACAACCUCAUCCUGUUCCUGCAGACAUUGUUCUAUGGCCACUUUGUCAAGUUCCGCACAUACCUCAGAAGUCUCCUCCAGCAUUUGUGCAGUGCUGUAAACUGCAGACACUCAGCCCUGCUGUGCUGCCUGGUCUCCAAUCAGCUUCACCAAUGA